AUGUCUCAACUCGACGAGAAGAAGACGAUGCGUGAAUUCGUCUACGAGGAGACCGAGAAGAGUUCCGCUUCCUCCAGUCCGGAUCUUACACCUACGCAUUCAUCAUGGUCAGAGAAGAGCAUACGAGAGUCUCUUGAGGAAGAAGUCUACGAACCAGAGACACGCCCACAAUCCACCGACUUGGAGAGGACGCCCACCAAUGUUCUCAACAGAAUUGCAUCACGAGUAACGACACAUUCUCUGAAAGAGCCAGGUCCACCGCCUGAUGGCGGUAUGAAGGCCUGGCUCAUGUGCGGCAUGGCUUGGCUUGUCGUUUUCUGCAGUUGGGGCUUGACAAACUCUUUUGGAACUUUCCAAGCAUAUUACGCAGAUACCCUUGGAGAGACUGCCUCAACCAUCUCAUGGAUCGGAUCAAUUCAGGUUUGGGUGCUCUUCUUCCUCGGAACUUUUGCUGGUCGUGCAAUGGAUGCUGGAUACUUUGUGCCUACGUUCGUUGUGGGUACUGUUCUCCAGCUCGUCGGCAUCUUCAUGACAUCCCUAUCCACCAAAUACUGGCAGUUGUUCCUCGCUCAAGGUGUCUGUACUGGCAUGGGCUCUGGAAUCUUGUUCACACCUUCCAUGGCUCUUCUGAGCACCUACUUCUCCAGCCACAAAGGCCUUGCUGUGGCACUGGCGACCACUGGUAACUCGGCUGGCGGUGCUCUAUACCCACUCAUAGCUCGCCAGCUUCUGCCUCAGAUUGGCUUUGGAUGGACCAUCCGUGUGCUAGGUCUCAUCAACCUCAUCUGUUUGUGCACCGCCGGUAUCGCCAUGAAGCCCAGACUCCCACCUCGCAAAUCCGGGCCCCUAGUCGACUUUUCCGCACUCAAGGAGCUGGGCUACAUGCUCUUUACCAUUGGCAUGUGCUUCCAUUUCCCUUCGCUGUACUUUACGAACUAUUACAUUGCAUCCUACGGUCGCGAUAUGCUCGGUCUCUCCUACUCAAACUCGGUCAUCCUGCUCAUCAUCCUCAAUGGUGUGGGUAUCCCUGCUCGCGUCCUGGCAGGGCAUGUCGCAGAUCGCUAUCUGGGCGCACUUAACACCCUCAUCCCUGUAUUGCUCUACGUCAACGUUCUCGCGUUCUGCUGGAUGGGUGUCUCCUCCCAAACCUCACUCUACAUUUUCGUCUCUUUCUACGGUCUCGGGCUCGCAGCCUUCCAAUCUCUUAUCCCCACUACGGUGGCCAGAAUGACCAAAGAUAUCAGUAAAGUAGGCACGAGGAUGGGUAUGGUGUUUACAUUCCUGUCCUUUGCUUCUUUGGUUGGCCCACCCAUUGGUGGCGCUCUGCUCUCGGUAGACGGAGGUGUUUAUACCUAUGCACAAGCUUGGUCUGGCGCCUCUGCUGCUGUUGGCACAGCUCUUGUCCUUGCUGCAAGGAUCUAUGCCUUUGGUUGGGGCAAGGUCAAGUGCUAG